AAGCAGGACUUGCUUUGGGGCGUAUUCAUUUUCCUCGUGCCUCUUUGCUCUCUUGUGAAACAUAAAACAUUCUACAGGCAGAGCUCUUUAAAAACCCAAGUCUCCACUCUACCUGAUCAUUUCAGUUUCAGCUGGGCUCAGCAUCCUGCCCAGCAAAGAAGCCUUCGGCCAAAAUGAUACCUGGAGGCUUAACUGAGGCCAAGCCUGCCACUCCAGAAAUCCAGGAGAUUGCUGAUAAGGUUAAAUCACAGCUUGAAGAAAAAACAAAUGAGACUUAUGAAGAAUUUGAAGCUGAAGAAUAUAAAACUCAAGUAGUUGCUGGAGUAAAUUACUACAUUAAGGUACGAGUAGGUGAAAAUCGUUAUAUUCACUUGAAAGUAUUCAAAAGUCUUCCUGGACAAAAUCAGGAUUUGGUACUUUCUGGUUUCCAGACUGACAAAUGCAAGGAGGAUGAGCUGACCGGCUUUUAACAGCAUGUUCCCAAAGUGUUCUGGUUCCUUCCACUGGCUACUGAGAAAUGAUUCUUUCUAAUAAACAUAACCAAAAAUAAAGAAGCAUUCCUUUUCAAA